UGAUGCUGCAGGUCCUUUCCAACCUCGUGAUUCUAUGAUUCUAUGAUUCUAUAACCCACUGCCACCCCACGUUACCGCUCGCAUCUCCCAGCUUCACUUAUCUCCACGCCUGAGGUCCCCUCCUCCUGUCUGACUGCUGGAGGGCGGAUCAUCACCCCCUGUCUGCACCCCUCCCUCUGUUAUCUGCAGCACUCAGCCCUUCAGAUGCUCUGCUCCGUUUCCUGUCCCAUUGUUUGCACUCCCUGGGUCCGCCUUUUCACCCCGAAACCAAACGGCUUCCUUCCUCCCACCCGUGUCAGAGCUUCCUCAUUGCUGGGGCAGGCGGAUGGGACGGCUGCAUCGCUGCCCCCAGCUCCACAGAGCUGCUUUGCUGCGGGGUUUGGCUGCGAUUCAGACCCUCUAAGAACGAUCCCUCGUUGUGAGACUCCGCUGCAAAGCUGAUCCGCUCCAGCUCUCUUCUACAGCUUCUGCCCUCAUAUUCUCCACAAACCUUUUCCCCAUACUCUUUCCAAGUCCUCUAACCCAUCUCACCCAUUAAAUCCUUCUCCAUCUUCUUCCUCUCUCUCCUUUCCCCAACUCCUUCCCUCCUCCUCUUCUCCAGCACAGAUGCACUCCAUAUUGGGCUGCAACCACCCCACUUUCGCCCUCCCCUGGAGGACCCUCCUGCCUUCUCUUGUGGCUCUGCACCUCCUGCACCUGGGAUCAGCCCAGCUCAGGGUGGUGGCACCGAGCCGAGUUGUCACUGCCAUCGUGGGACAGGACGUUGUGCUGCGCUGCCACUUGUCCCCGUGCAAGGAUGCUUGGAGCUGGGACAUCAGAUGGAUCCAGCACCGGUCCUCUGGCCUUGUGCACCACUACCAAAAUGGAGUGGACCUGGAGCAGAUGGCGGAAUAUAAAGGGAGGACAGAACUGCUCAGGAAUGGUCUCUCUGAUGGAAACCUGGAUCUGCGCAUCACAGCUGUGAAAUCCUCUGAUAGUGGCUUGUACAGCUGUGCUGUGCAAGAUGGUGAUAAUUAUGCAGAAGCCGUGGUGGACCUGGAGGUGUCAGAUCCCUUUUCUCAAAUCGUCCAUCCCUGGAAGGUGGCUCUGGCUGUGGUCAUCACACUUCUGGUUGGGUCAUUUGCUGUCAUCGUUUUUCUCUAUAGAAAGCAAGCGGCACAGAGCAGAGAGCUGAGUGAGUCCUUCCAGCCCCUUCCACCACCAAAGUCCCUUUAAUGGAGCUGAUAGAAGACUGCAGAGUGCUGGGUUUAUGUGAUGGGUUGGGACCAUGGGAUCUCUGGGCUGUGUUGUGGCCUUGGCAUGUGCUGGGUUCAUGGGAUGCAGUUGGGUCGUGGAAUGCAUCGAUCCUGACUGCUCCGCUUGCAAAACUCUUGCCAAAUCGCUGUCUUUCUAUUUGUUUAAUUCCUUCUUGGGACCAAAGAGGUCAUUGAUCACUUACCAGAACAAAAAGGUUUGGGGUCUGGGCAUAGGAACUGCCAUGGG